AUGAUGUAUGGUCAAAAGAAACAAAAUAGAUUAUCUGACUUGGAUGACUGGUGGAUUAUCCAAUCAUUAAUUACUUCUUGGUUGUUGAAUGUCAUUGAUCCCUCACUCUGUUCUCCGAUUCCUAAGAAGAAAGUGGCAGUCGAUCUGUGGGAUCACCUCAAACAGCACUUCUCCAUUUGUGACGGGCUCAGAAUUCAACAACUCAAGAUGGACCUAGCUGAAUGUAAGCAGCGCCAUUCUUCCUUUGAGCACUAUUAUGGCAGUCUUCAAAAACUUUGGGAUAACGUCAGGGAUUCCGACACUCCUCCGGUCACGGAUUUAUGUGCUAAAUGUCAAGUCACAAUGUCUGCUAUCUUGGAGCGACACUGA